AUGGUGAUUGUGAGGUUAAUCCCGCUCCAUGCAAACGCCUCUAAUAUGUCUUCUUCCGGGACUUGGUUCUGCAAAAGCACGUCGACCACCAUUGAUGGGACGAGCCUCUGCGCAUUUUGUCGUCCCCAGUUGAUCCCUAUCGUGCCCUCUGUCUCGACAAUAAUAUUGCCGAUAACCGUAAAGAAAAUCGCUGCAAAAUGCAGGCACUUCAUGAACUCUACUCCCAUCGGCACGCUUGGGAGUGUAGUCUUUCUGCUCUUCAUGAACUCUACUCCCAUCGGCACGCUUGGGAGUGUAGUUUUUCUGCUGCCCCUUCACGACCUCCACCGGGAACACGCACCCGCCCGUCGACGGGUCUUCAGUCACGACUCGCCCGAGCCCUCCGAACUCGCACUCCUUCUCGUCUUGAAACUUUGCCUGGAAAUACAUGUUGAACGCGUACGACACGUUCUGCCACCUGUCGAGCCCGCUGCACGACCCUCCCGUGUACAUGCUCGUGCAGUCCCCUCCACCGCACGCGACCCUAUACUCUGCUUCGACUCUUUCGUCGUCCUCCAACGACGGGUCCAACACGCACCACCGCUCGGGCAUCCGAUUAAUCCCGCGGGCCCGGACCGGGAGCACGUCUCGACCUUGGCCCGUUAG